ACGUGGCUUCCCUGGGCGCAUCGUGCCUUCCCGGGUCGUACCGAGCUCGACGUGCUGAGCUGCCACGUGCAAUAUCGCGAGGACUUGACCACCGUGUCAACUGGUUUGGUGCACAGAUUACUUUCUCUAAUUGAUUGUUUGCCCUUUUUUUGAAUCGUGCUUAUCACAAAUGUACCCCAUUUUCUUACAUACCUAAGUUCGUACCUAGGUACUUAAUUUAAAUACGAAUCAUGUCUAAAGUGGAUACUGCUGAUAAGUUUGAAGGCGAAGGCUCUUCUAGCGAUUCAAUCGAGUUUCAAAGGCUAAUUAAUCUGCGCCGGUCAAUGAAGGGACGCUUAACUAAAUUCGAAAAUCACAUAACACCUUUAACAUCUGUGAAACCAGGUGAUCUAAGUAGUAUACAGGUCAAGGAACUAAUCAAUCGCCUAAACAAGGUACAGUCUAUGUUCUCUGAGUUCGAUGAGGUAGAAAAUAGGUUAGAAGCUUUGAAUGAUGAUUCUGAUGAACGUGAUGAUAUCGAGGAUAGGUUUUUUUCGUUGAUAUCUCUUGCUCAGGAGUUAAUAGAGUCAUGUUCCAAGUCUGAUUCCAAACAGAGACCGAGUAGUGCUCUUUCACACCGGUCUGGUGGCAGUUGUGACCACCAUGCAAUCAAACUACCUACUAUCAAGCUGCCUACCUUUGACGGGAACUACCUUAAGUGGCUUGAAUUUAGAGACACAUUCGAGUCCAUGAUCAAUCAAAACGAUUCAAUUUCAGAAAUAAAUAAAUUUCAUUAUUUGAGAUCAUCUUUAGAGGGAGGUGCAACUGUAGUCAUAAAGUCAAUUGAGUUCACUUCCAAAAAUUAUAGCUUGGCAUGGAAUCUCUUGUGUGAACGUUACGAUAACAAAAACAUUUUAAUCAAUAACCACAUAAAAGCGUUAUUUAGCAUGGAUCCUUUAUUCCGUGAAUCUCACAAGGCUAUUAGAUAUUUAAUAGACACUUUCUUAAAGAACUUAAGAGCUCUCGAGAACUUAGAUCAACCAACUGACAAAUGGGACGUUCUCAUUUGUUUCAUCCUCUCCCCUCCGGACCGCGGAAGCGCUUGGACGUGUCCACUGUUUAUUAUUAUUUGCUCAAAAUUAGAUUCAGUCACCUGCAGGAAGUGGGAAGAGCAUAAAAAUACCUUGCCCAACUUACCGUCAUUAGCAGACAUGAUUCUAUUUCUUCGAAACCGUGCUGACAUUCUUGAGACGAUGUCUGCCAAUAGCACUGAACGAUCUAAACCUGAACCUAAAGUAGUAAGGAGUAGUGAUAAUAAGAGCGCAUUCCUACCACGAAUCUCGAAAAGUUUCGUGUCGUCAUCAAGCUCUAAACGCAAAAACAUUCAUAAUUGUCCAAUGUGUAAGCAUCAGCAUAGUAUAGUACAUUGCAACGUCUUUAAAGAUUUACCUCUUAAAGUUCGGUUAGACGAAGUCGUAAAAUUAAACCUUUGCUCGAACUGUCUCAGGAGGGGUCACGUUGUGGAAGACUGUCGCCUUCAAAGUACUUGUAGGGAGUGCGGAAAACGACAUAACACGCUCUUGCACUCAGUUAGUGAACCAGCCGUCAAACCGGCAGCCGUUGAAUCCACAUUAACUUCAACAAAUUCUGUGUCACUGUCCGCACAGUCUUCUAAUCAGCAGGUUCUUCUAUGAACUGCAUUGGUCAGGGUCACUGAUCCACAGAGUAAAAAUACUCACCUUGCUCGAGCUCUGCUUGAUGCAGGAAGUCAGUCAUGCUUCAUAUCUGAAACCCUGAAACAUAAAAUGGGUAUAAUCAGUAAUAAUACAGAUUCUUUAUGUAUAUCUGGCAUUAAUAACGUAAAAGUUCCUAUAACUGACAGCUGCGAGCUAGCCAUAAGCUCACUUCACCAGCACUUUAAUGUCAGUCUUAAAAUGUAUGUAGUACCUCAAAUAACUGGCUACUUACCAAAUGCUCCCGUCAAUGUUCACGAACUUAACUUACCAGUUAAUAUUCAGUUGGCAGAUCCUAAAUUCUAUGUUCCUUCUGACGUUGACAUACUGUUGGGGGCUGGAGUCUUCUUCGACGCGAUCUCUCCAAAGCAGAUCAAAUUAGGACAACAUAAGCCCAUUCUUCAAGAGUCAAAAUUCGGUUGGCUAGUGGCAGGUCCUCUUCAUAGUUACUCUCAUAAACAAAGUAAUGUCAUUCAUUGCAAUCUCACCAAGGAAAUUAGCGACAACUUAACGAAGUUCUGGAAUCUUGAGGAGCUUCCACUUUCAGAACUCACUAUGUCACCUGAGGAUGAAUUUUGCGAACAUCAUUUUCAGGAAACAACGAAACGUCUAGUUAACGGGCGGUUUUGUGUAAAAAUGCCUUUUCGGGAAUCACCAGAGCAAGCGCUUGGUAAUUCAUACAUGAUGGCCGAAAAGCGCUUCUUAAAUCUUGAGAAAAAACUUGAUAAAAACUCUGAUCAUAAAGACAAAUACACUCAAUUCAUAAAGGAAUAUGAAAGGCUUGGUCAUUUAUCUAAAGUAGACAGACCAUCAUUUGGGUACUUCCUACCACAUCAUUGUGUAAUUAGAGAAACCAGCGAAACAACAAAACUUCGUGUAGUUUUUGAUGGAUCCGAUAAAACUUCUUCAAAGAAAUCACUUAAUGACAUUCAAUAUACAGGCCCUGUAGUACAGGAUGAACUGUUUAAUAUCUUGAUUAGAUUUCGUCAACAUAGGUUCGUCCUUACAGGUGACAUAAUGAAUUUCUAUCGACAAUUUUCUAUAGAUCCCUCUCAAAGGCAUUUACAGCUGAUCAUCUGGCGAGACAACAAGGUUCAGCCCCUUGAAAUUGCGGAAUUACAAACUGUAACCUAUGGCACAAAUUCUGCCCCAUUCCUAAGUACUAGAUGUCUCAAACAGCUUGCUUUAGAAUGCAAUGAUCCUAUUGUCUCAGAAGUUAUUCAAAAGGAUUUUUAUAUUGAUGACAUGUUGACCGGGUCAUCUUCCGAGCAUGAAUUGCAUCAUAUCUA